CGCAAUUAUUGAAAUGUCCGUUUCCUGCGUAUGGUAGCUUUCUCCUCUCGAUUCUAUUUUAGCAAUAUCUAACGUAUGAUGCAUCUAUAUCUAGUAUGAAAAUUCGCUAAAACGCAUAGUAUUUCUCGAACGUAAAUACCGAUUUUUCCGCUCGCGUUUGUAUUUAUUUAUCAACGAUUUUUAUUUAAUUUAUUAUUUAAUUAACAUGAUACGACUAGUGCGACUAACGACCAGUAAAUUUUCGUUAAUUAUUUAUUUAAUCAUGACCGGGGAUGCGAUGGCAAGAUUUACUCUUUACAAUUAUACGGCUGGCAGUGUGAAAGAAAUUAAUUCUAGAAGCAAAAUGGGGAAAUCUCAUUUAAUUUUAAAACGGUACGAUGACAUAGUUAAAUCAGAAGAAGACAAGAGGGUGUACAGGGGGCUGGAACUUACGAAUCUGAUGAAGGUGCUCCUGGUGAGCGAUCCGGUUACUGAUAAAUCAGCAGCUGCUAUGGAUGUUAACGUUGGUUUCUUAAGUGAUCCGAAGGAUGUUCGUGGUUUGGCCCAUUUUUGCGAGCAUAUGCUCUUUCUUGGCACCAAAAAAUAUCCCAACGAGAACGAUUAUAGUAAAUUCCUAAGUGAACAUGGAGGUGGUACUAACGCAGCCACCUACGUGGAUCACACGGUUUAUUAUUUCGAUGUGGUGCCAGAAAAAUUAGAAGAAUCUCUUGAUAGGUUCUCACAAUUUUUCAUUGCUCCGCUUUUUACUGAAAGUGCAACUGAAAGAGAAAUCAAUGCGGUGAAUUCAGAACACGAGAAGAAUAUACCGAGUGAUCUCUGGCGAUUAGACCAACUGGAUAAACAUUUGGCUAAUCCUAACCAUCCUUAUAAUACCUUUGGAACAGGUAACAAACAAACGCUUCUAAAUAUUCCUAAAGAAAAGGGCAUCGAUGUGAGAAAACAAUUAUUGGAAUUUCACAACAAAUGGUAUUCAUCAAAUAUCAUGAGUUUAGCAGUAUUAGGAAAAGAAAGUUUAGAUGAACUUGAGGAUAUGGUUGUGGAAUUAUUUUCUAAUGUAGAAAAUAAAAAUGUCGAAGCUCCAGUUUGGCUGGAACAUCCAUUCUCCGAGGAUCAGUUUCGAACCAAAGUUUACGUUUCUCCAGUGAAAGAUGUUAGGAACUUAAAUAUAGUUUUUCCUAGUGAAGAUAUAGUAGAAUUCUAUAAAUCCGGGCCUACUCAUUAUAUUAGCCAUUUGAUGGGUCACGAAGGUCCAGGAAGCAUUUUAUCCGUACUUAAAGCCCGCGGAUGGUCAAACAGUUUGGUGGCUGGUCACAGACCAUCACCGAGAGGUAUUGGAUUCUUUGCCGUGGCUGUCGAUUUGACCGAAGAAGGUAUGGAUCAUGUAGAUGAAAUCGUUGAACUAGUAUUUCAGUACCUGAAUAUGCUGAAAAAAGAAGGCCCUCAAAAAUGGGUUCAGGAUGAAAAUAAGAACAUAGGCCAAAUGAUAUUUAGGUUUAAAGAUAAGGAAUCACCUAGGACGUACAUUUCGGGUCUGGUCCAUAGCUUACAAGAAUAUCCUAUGCAAAAUGUUCUCUGCGCUAAUUACAUGUUGAAUGAAUGGCAACCAGAGCUGGUUGAGAAGUUCUGGAAGAAGUUUGUUCCGGAAAAUGUCAGGGUAUCAGUGGUUGCGAAGAAAUACGAAAAAGAACUCGAUCAAACAGAACCCUGGUAUGGGACAAAGUAUAAAAUAGUCGAAAUCCCCGAGAAAACUAUUAUGAAGUGGCAAAACGCUGGUCUUUGCCCCGACUUGAAAAUGCCGGAAAAAAACGAAUUUAUUCCGACAGACUUCAGUUUAUACCCGAUUGAUCACGAUAUUACAGAAUUUCCAGUUAUCAUAGAAGACUCUGCAUUAACCAGAAUUUGGUUUAAACAAGACGAUCAAUUCUUGCUACCGAAAGCUAAUCUAAUGUGCGACUUUGUGAGCCCAUUAGCUUAUUUGGAUCCUCUAAAUUGUAAUCUCACUCACAUGCUGGUCCAAUUGUUCAAAGAUGCCCUGAAUGAAUACGCUUACGCGGCCGAACUGGCCGGUUUAAAAUGGGAAUUGAUAAACACUAAAUACGGUUUGAUACUCGGCAUCGGAGGUUAUAGCAGUAAGCAACAUAUUUUGUUAAAGAAAAUUAUGGAAAAAUUAACUACCUUCCAGAUCGAUCCGAAAAGAUUUAAUAUAAUCAAAGAAACCUAUAUUCGAAAUCUCAAGAAUUUCUCUGCCGAACAACCUUAUCAGCACGCAGUUUACUACCUCACUGUUCUAUUAACUGAACAUUCUUGGACUAAACAGGAGCUUUUAGCUGCUACCGAUCAACUUACAAUUGAAAGACUGGAAGCCUUCAUUCCGCAAGUUCUAUCGAAAAUGCACAUCGAGUGCUUAGUCCACGGUAACGCCAACAAAGCCAAAGCUUUAGAGCUGGUGCAGAUCGUCGAAGACAGUCUCACUCACACAUUGAGCAUGUCGCCAUUGUUGCCGAGGCAAUUGCUCCUGAACAGGGAGCUCAAACUCGAGAACGGCUGCGAAUAUUCCUACGUAGUACAAAACGAGGUUCACAAAUCGUCGUGCAUUGAAUUGUAUUACCAAUGCGGCUUGCAGUCUAAAGAGAACAACGUGAAAUUGGAGUUGGUCGCUCAAAUCAUCCAGGAACCUUGCUAUAACGUUUUGAGGACCAAGGAGCAGUUGGGGUACAUUGUUUUUAGCGGAGUGAGGCGUUCUAAUGGUGUACAGGGUUUGAGGAUAAUCGUGCAAUCUGACCGGCAUCCGAUGUAUCUCGAUUCGAGAAUCGAGGCUUUCAUGGCUAGUAUGUUGGAGUACUUGAACGAAAUUAACGAUGAGGAAUUCCUAAGGCACCGCGAAGCUCUUGCCGCGCAGAAAUUAGAGAAACCCAAACAACUUAACAGUUUAACGAAUCGAUUGUGGUUGGAGAUUACAGCUCAACAGUACCACUUCGACAGAGCAAAUGUUGAGGUAGCCUACCUAAGGACGCUAUCCAAAAACGACAUUCUCGAUUUCUUCAAGAAUACUUUGACUGAAAACGCCGAGUACAGGAAGAAAUUGACAGUACACGUGGUUUCCAUGGCGGAUGGUGGCGCCGGUAAGGACAACGCCUCCUUGACGGAGAUACCGAAUGGAAAUUCGAAAUUGAUACAGGACGUUACGGCGUUCAAGAGCAAUCACGAAAUGUAUCCGUUGGUGCAACCCUACAUAAACAUUACGAGGAAGGGCAGUAAAUGCAAACUGUGAUGUUUCAAUAGAAUUUAAGACUAAAUACUUGACAAAUUUCAUCGGAUUGUUGCGGCUGUAAGGCAAAACGGGUUGUCAGUUACCUAGCUAAGUUGCAAAAAUUACAAUAUCAAAGGAUUACUAUCUCUCUGAUUUAUUUAUUUCAACAUUGAUUUUACUUGUAAAGAAAAUCAGCGCAAUCGAAAAUAGUCUUGAAGCAAUUACGAGUAAUAGUCUCGAGUAAAAAAAAGAUUACUUUUUUUUGGUUUUAUAAUAUUAACUCAAUAAAAUUGUACUAGAAACGA